GCCAUAUAGUAGGUACCUAAAAUAUUUAUCACAGUCCGUCCAGACCGGUUUGAAGACAGACGUGUGCUGUGUAAAAUGGCCGUAGCAAUCAACAGAGGAAUCUACAUCGUAGGUGCGAAGCGCACGCCCUUCGGCCGCUUUGGCGGCAAACUGCGCGAUGUCCAGCCAUCAGAUCUGCUGGCGACUGCCGCCAAAGACGCUUUCAAAGCUAGCGGCGUCGCUCCAGCCUUAGUCGACACGGUCAACAUCGGGCAAGUUAAUGUGCUAAGUGGUUCAUCAGACGGAGGUUUGGCUCCUCGUCACGCUGCUCUAAAGUCCGGAGUCCCUCAAGAGAAGCCCGCGCUCGGCAUCAACAGGCUUUGUGGCUCUGGCUUCCAGGCUAUUGUCAACAGUGCUCAGGACAUCCUAACAAGCGCCGCGCAAGUUUCCCUCGCCGGUGGAACUGAGAUCAUGUCAUCCGUCCCCUUCGUAGUUCGUAACGUCCGCUUCGGCACCGCCUUAGGACAGAGCAUAGACUUCGAGGACUCACUCCAGAGGGGCUCUUUGGAUACGCAGUGUAACUUCACCAUGCCGGAGACCGCUGAGAAUCUAGCUGAGCGGUAUAAGUUGCAGCGAAGUGAGGUUGAUGCCUUCGCGCUGCAGUCGCAACAGAGGUGGAAGGCUGCUUUCGACAACGGACUGUUCAACGAAGAAAUGUCCCCUGUGACGGUGAAGGUCAAGAAGCAAGAUGUGGUCGUGUCUGUUGAUGAGCACCCUCGGCCCCAGACCACGGCUGAAGACCUGGCGAGGUUGCCUGUCCUCUUCCGCAAGGGGGGAGUGGUCACUGCUGGGAACUCCUCGGGUGUGAACGAUGGAGCCGGUGCCAUUAUCUUAGCCAACGAGGAAGCUGUGUCCAAGCACAGCUUGAAGCCUAUAGCCCGUCUCCUCGGCUGGUCCUUCGUUGGCGUGGACCCUAGCGUCAUGGGCAUUGGGCCCGUGCCGGCUAUCCAGAGCCUGCUGGCUGUCAAUAAGCUUAGCUUGAAGGAUAUUGACCUCAUUGAGAUCAACGAGGCGUUCGCUGCACAGACCCUCGCUUGCGUCAAGGAGCUGGGCAUAGACCAGAGCAAACUGAACGUGAACGGGGGCGCAGUAGCUCUUGGCCACCCGGUCGGCGCCUCGGGCGCCAGAAUCACCGCUCAUCUAGCUUAUGAACUGAGGCGCCGUGGACUGAAAAGAGGCAUCGGAUCAGCUUGCAUCGGAGGUGGACAGGGAAUAGCUUUAUUGUUGGAGACUGUUUAAGACAAAAAACAAAGAAAUAAAAUAUUUAAAUAAAUAAUUAUACGCUUAUGUAUGGCUUUUACAAAAGAACAAUAUUUCAAUUACUUAAUCUAAACCAAAAAUAAUAUUUUUUAAGUCUCUCAGACAUGUAUUAUUUUGUUAAUAAAUUAAACCAUUUUUAUA